AUGUUUAUCUUCAAGAAAUGUUGUAUGGGUAAAAACGAUAUAGAUGCAGUGAUGUCCCAACCGAAGUUUCGGCUUCCGUCUGGAUACAAACAUGGCGAGGGUCCUUUGACUAAAAAAGAACUCAGGAACCUUAUAAACAACAAAACGACACUCGCUGCUUAUGCUGACAAAUCUAAUUAUCUGACACAAAAGUCCGACAUUUGGAUUAUGAAAAAAUGGUUCCCGAAGUAUGAUCACUAUAAAAAAAGUCUGGAACAGCUGAUAUCACUCAAGGAAGCGAAGAAGGAAGACGACGAAGAAUUGGCUCUCCUAAAACGUCUACAUACAAAAGAUAUUUCGAACAACUAUACCAGAGAAGAUGUUAGCUCUGGUAUCCGUUGUUGUGGCCAAGAGCUUAAACAUCGAUCUCGAGCACAUAAUAAUGAUACCGCCGCGAUAGAAGAAAGUGAUAUAAAGGUUCUUGCACCACUGGUCAAAUACGCUACUAUAAAUGUUGUUGGUCAACAUGUAAUGAGCCCCGAUAAUCAAGCAUUGGACAUAUCUGACAAGGGUUCCGAAACAACCUGUCAUGAAAAAACUACAUUGGCUGCUCGAGCAAAGGUGGCAUGA